CUGGCUUUACUCUGUUGUGGAAGCCAUUUUGGGAUUUUCCUAGUAGUAAUUGUGAGUCAAGCUCGUAACUUUUGUCUAUUCCCACGAAGCUCGCGGAACUCGGACCUGGUGUUUGGAUACACGGUUGUUUCUGUUUUUAUUUUUAUGUGUCCAUCGAGAUGCGGCGCACAUUUUGCGCAUCCUUGAACUGGAUUGUCAUUUCUGAACUGGACUACCUUCAAAACAACAAGAGAUUGUAGAAACUGAUGGUCAAACUGAUCGGAUAAAGAGGUGGAAAAGAUUUUCUCUGGAUGUUCAGCCUGUCUCUUGGAUACUGGAGAGUGGUUUUCUGGAUCUCCUCUGGUUUUGAGAAUGUCAAGACAUGCAGUUAGAGGAAAGCGUGCUCAGCGAAUUACCAUGGAUUUUUCCCGUCUGCACACAUAUACUCCUCCUCAGUGUACUCCGGAUAACACGGGAUAUACCUAUUCACUCAGCUCAAGUUACUCAACCGCAGCCCUUGAGUUUGAGAAGGAGCAUCAAAUCAAUCCCGUGUACGACUCUCCCAGAAUGUCUCGCCGUAGUUUGAGACUACAGACCAGCAGUGGUUUUUAUGGUGACAACAGCCUCACUGAGCGCACAGGCGUUCACAAUGUCGGCUCCUACAAGCAGGCCAGCACCAGCACCAGCAGCAGCAGCGUCAGCAGGUCUGUGCAGAGCAGGAGGCAGCAGCAGCAGGGCUCAUCGGUGUACGAGUCUGAGAGCGUGUCUCAGAGCGUGACUCAGACUCCUCAGACAGACCAGACCCUGUCAGACCUGAGUUUCACCAGUACAGCCAGUGAUGCAUCUCUGAUCUCCAGCCUGCUGGAUCAGUCCACACUCAGACAGAGCUCCAAGACACACACAUACUCUGCACGGAGAAGAAGAACUGCUCACAGCUCUCUGUUGGAGAAUGGAGACAUCAGUAAAACAGAGGCGCACACUAAUCUGGCUAACGGCUAUAUUUGUAAGAACUGCUCAUUCCACUCAGACGGGAAGGAGGACGAAACGGCAUAUUCCUUACCGUUCUCGACAUCUGUGUCUUCAGCGUAUCAGACAGCUGCAGACGCCACUAUGACCACUUCUCUGAACAGUGUUGACAAGACAGCUCACGACAGCUACUGUGGCAGUGUGAAUGUGCGAGACCUGGUGACCGCAGACAGCCAUCUCAAUCUCAACGGCUCACUCUGUGAUGACUGUAAAGGAAAACAGCACAUGGAAAUGCACACGGAGCACAAACGCUAUUCCUACACCCACCAUGUAUACGCAGCCUUGUGGGCCCUUGUUUCUUACACAGGAUACGGGCUUCUGCGGGUUUGCCAAGGUUUCGGCUCAGCCGGUGCGUUUGUGACCCGGAAGCUGAAGUCCAUUCUGUGGUUGGCAGUGUGUUCUCCAGGGAAAGCAGCGACCGGCGCCUUCUGGUGGCUGGGAACAGGAUGGUAUCAGCUGGUCGCACUCAUGUCUCUGAUCAAUGUCUUUCUUCUCACCAGGUGUCUGCCCAAACUACUGAAGCUUCUUCUGUUUCUGCUACCCUUACUGCUGCUGUUUGGAUUAUGGUACCUCGGUCCGCCCAUCGCUCUGUCCUUCCUUCCAGCUGUAAACCUCACAGAGUGGAAAACAGCAGUCACUUCUUUCCCAUCACUUCCUCCACUCCCUUCUCUCCCAUCUCUUCCCUCUUUACCCGCAUUACCUUCUUUCACAAAAGAACCACUUGCUAAAGAACAAUACAUCUCUCCCUCGGUGAUCUCAAAGGCUGCGUCAGAGUCCAUUAACGGCGAGCGUUUGGCUCGGCUGGAGCAGCGUGUGGCGGCGCUGUGGGAAAGCAUCCAGCAGGGGGAGCUGAGGGCUAAACAGCAGCAUGAGGAGGCCGUGGGUUUGGUUCAGACCCUUGAGGAUCAGAUAAACACACAGACAGACAGAGAGAGUCUCAGCCUGUGGGUCUCUCAGCUCCUGGAACCCAAGUUCACCGCGCUCAAAGGAGAGAUGGAGAGAGUAGCGGUCAGCAGGGCAGAGACUGAGGAACAGCGUGUGCAGCAUCAGACGAGUCUUGAAGAUCGACUAGCCGAGCUGGAGCUCCUGCUGAAGAACCUGAACUCUAGAACUGAGGAAAUCCAUCUAACACAGCAGGCUCCAGUACAGGCUCCUGUCAGUGUUGGAGUCUCUCAGGAGAAGCAUGAUGCUUUGCUCACUGAGGUUCAGAGGCUGGAAGCAGAGCUGGGCCGCAUCAGAGGAGACCUGCAAGGAGUGAUGGGAUGUAAAGGCAAAUGCGACCGACUCGACACCAUACAUGAAACUGUGUCAGCGCAGGUGAAGGAGCAGUUGUACGCUCUGUUGUACGGUCGUGACGGAGGUGAAGCAGAGAUUCCUGAGCCGCUGCUGCCCUGGCUGGCAUCUCAGUACACACACUCCUCUGACCUCACCGCAACCCUCAUGACCCUGGAGCGCAGCAUUCUGGGAAAUCUGUCCCUGCAGCUGCAGGAGAGCAAACAGCAGCAGUUCUCAGCUGAAACGGUUACUCAGACCGUCGCCCACACCGCCGGGGCUGCUGGGAUGUCAGAGGAGCAAGUCCAGCUGAUUGUCCAGCGUGCGCUGAAGCUGUACUCUGAGGAUCGCACCGGACAGGUGGACUACGCUCUGGAGUCUGGAGGUGGCAGUAUCCUCAGCACACGCUGUUCUGAGACGUACGAGACUAAAACCGCACUGAUGAGCCUGUUUGGAAUCCCGCUGUGGUACUUCUCACAGUCGCCUCGGGUCGUCAUCCAGCCGGACAUGUACCCAGGAAACUGCUGGGCGUUUAAAGGCUCCCAAGGUUAUCUGGUGAUCAGGCUCUCUUUAAGCGUGAUCCCUACCUCCUUCUGCCUGGAGCAUAUUCCCAAAAGCCUCUCUCCUUCUGGAAACAUCAGCAGUGCACCACGCCGAUUCUCUGUCUAUGGAUUGGAUGAUGAAUACCAGGAGGAAGGGAAACUGCUGGGUGACUACACCUAUCAAGAAGAUGGAGAAUCACUCCAGAUCUUCCCAGUUAUGGAGAAGAACGACAAGGCCUUUCAGAUCAUUGAGAUGCGAGUGCUGUCAAACUGGGGUCAUCCCGAAUACACCUGCCUGUAUCGCUUCAGAGUUCACGGCAAACCUCACACUCCGUAAUCAGGCCCGCUGUACAUUACUAUAUAACCCUUUAUGUACAUACAGGAAACGCUCGGACUUUGACGCAGCACGGACGAAACUGGGCUUGCUAGACACAUUUUCAAGACUUUAAUAUGAAUGAUGGCCGAAACAGAGUUAGAAGGAGCACAGCGGGAAAGAGCAAUGCGUUUAAGCUAAGGAUUCCCACUCAUUUCCUUCCCAAGUCCCUGUUCUUGCACUGAUUCAUGACCUUGCGGCUGGGCCCUGUGUUACACUCCUGCCCCAUACGCUCUCACCCGUAGAGGUAUCUGUGCCUUCAGACAGAACACGCUUCUCUCAUUCUGUGUACAUUGUUUUUUUUCCCUUUGUUUUCUGAAUGUACAGAGAGGAGUGAAGUUCAGGAAGCUGGACUUCAGCCUCGUUCACUGGUCACUGUGGGCAUCUGCUAUCAGAGGGAGAGUAUUUGGUAGUUUAUAAAAACCUUUACAACCACUAAACCAGUUAAUCUCACAAAACCUGAUGAGAAUAUGUCUGGGUCAUGUUUUACCCCAAAUCAUUUUCUAAAUUAGUCCUACUUUAGGGCUACUAUGAUUUUUUGCAUUGUGACAUUUUCUUCAAGAAUAAGCAUUUUUCCUCAAAAAAAAAAAGUCUCAUUAAGAUGAGCUUUCUCAUUGCUGUAAUGCAAAAAAAAAAAAAAUUAUUAUUUAAACCUUUUUUUUUUUUGACAUGAUUGCAUUUGUUCUGCUCCUUUUUAACUUGUGCUCAUUUGAAUGUUUUUUUUUUUUUUAUUAUUAUUGUAAUACAUUUAAAAAAAUAUUGUAAUACAGAAAUGUUGUGAUAUUAUUGAGAGUGGAAAUACUUUAAUAAUUUUAAAUGUAUUUGUUAUUUUUAUAGGGUGGAAUAUGACCCAGGCAAGUUUUCACCCAACAGGCACUUCUUUUCAUGUUUUUCUUUUUUUGUUGUUGUUGUUGUUGUUUUUUUUAAAUAUACAUUUAAGAAAUAAACUCAUAACAGCCAUAAAUUUCAAGAGACACUGGCUUGACCUCAGAUGGUUUCUCUAGAGAAAGGAAUGGACUGGAUGUGAGCAUGUGGACUGAUAUGUGUACAUUUUAACAAAACUGGACAUAAAACACUCACUUGUUUGUUUCUCUCAUCAGUAGUCAUAUCACAGUCAAGAUUCGCUGCAGGAAUGUAACUUAUUGUAAUUAGACCUUUUUAUUGGACUUAUAUCAGUGUUUAUUUUACAUAAAGAGGUGCGCCCUGUCAUCUUUUUCCUUUUUUUUUUUUUUUUUUUGUUAAGCAUUUUAGUUCAAGUAGACAAUGCACUGUUAUGUCUUUAUAAAGGAAAUGUAAGUUGCACAAGUCCUAUGUGAUUCGUUGGAUAUGUUUGAAAAGUCAGGGGUUUGUUUAUUGAACUGUGUCGUCAACACUGUGUUGACCUAAAAGAGUCUUUUGUAAAAUACUAUUGAUUUGUUCAUGACUAUUUAUUUUAUGGAAAUUUAGCUAAGAGAUAGGACUUUGUGCAGUGUGUUUUUGUAAAAUGCUUUUCAGUGCAUAUUGGUCUGUUUAUAUUUAGUUUUUUUUGUUUAUUUGUUGUUAUGAAAUGGCUACAGUACUAUGAAUUGUACCAGUAAAGAAUUUUAAUUUUGAUGGUA